AUGAAGCCGAGGUGGCACUCCUCGAGCCAUGCAACUUCACAAUUUCUCAUAUCAGCAAUCACAUUAAUCCUCCUAUCAACCACUCAAUUCUCCGAUGCAAAACCACUGAAUUUGCCACAAACGAUAACAUGUGCCGACAAUAUCUAUGUAUACGUCAAUGAAACCACUGCUGAUAGGUCACCAUAUAUAUUCGUUGAAAUCAAAACGCCAACCAUCCAUGAUUGUAUCAAAAAAUGUUUUGGAAAUCAGUUCUGUUACUCAUUGAGAUACGAUCAAUCCAAGACAGACUCAUGCUCAUUGUUCUACUUCGCUGCUUACAAUUGUACAGGCCAAGCCCUUGUCCAAGCAAAAAGCAUCGUCUACAAUGGAGAAGCCGUUACCAUUGAUUGCCUUCGUUGUCCAUCAAAUGGAGACUUUGUAACCGCACCGCCCUUCACCAGUUUCACCGAGCAAACCAUCACUGCAACCGGACAUAGUGGAGAAAAACUGAUCGAGAAGCCACUCGUCGAGGAGAUCACACACAAUAUUGACUCGAAACUAGAAUCUACAACCACGACGCCAAGUGGACACUCGACGGCAAUUGUUGACCUUCACGUUGAAGACACCACCACUGUCGCUGUCAACCGGAGUACAAUUAGGUGUGACACAAAUGUACUUGUCUCAUUCUUUUUUCAAAAAGGACAUUUUCCUACAUGGGAACCAACAACAUGGACGGGAUCGGUUGAACAGAGACAAUGCGAUACUCAUCUCAGAUUCUUGAUUAGCAGUCAUAUCGAUUGGGAAACUGUUGAUUUGCUGAUCAAUCAAACAAAAGUAGAAUCCGCCGAAGAGUGUGCUCAUCUGUGUUAUUCGUAUCAGUGUGGAGUAUGUGUUAUAGAGAUUCCAGAUCAAUUUGCAUUGUACAAGCCAGAUGAUGGAUCUUGUCAAUUCACCGUGGCAACUGAUGAUUUGGUGGAUAAGGAGCACUGCGAGGAGGAACGAAAUCAGGAUAAGAUGGUAGAUACAGUUGAGAAAUCCAGUGUUCCUGUGCAGAUAACAUGCCCGUACUGUAUGGAAAAAGGUCCUCAGAAUCCACGACAUCAUCUUCUCCAUCUGGCCCAGGAACUGAACUCAUUGCCUCAACUCAAACUGCUCAAGAAGACCGCAAAGCAUGCUAUAUUAAUUUCCAAGUGGAGGAUGUUUCGACACAACCGAACUUUGAUCACUAUACCGUUAAACCCGCUAAAAGCGCGAAUGCUUGUGCGCGCUUCUGUUUCGUUGGAUUGUGCACGGUGGCCGUUUACUCUCCUUCCACAGGAGAAUGUCGACUGGGAAGGGAUAGAAGAGAAAAAUGCACAGAGUCGGAGAAUAAGUUCUCCUAUCAGGGAACUAACGACGUUGUAUUGCAGUGCUUCCGUUGCAUCAGAUGCUUGCACUUCUUCUGAUUCAGGUUCAAGAAAGAUUCCACCAAGUGCCAAAACUACAAUAUCUUUCCAAGAAGAGGGACAAGUUACCACUCAACCAACAGUUGAUGAGACGACAACUAAAAAGCCAGAAGAGACUACUACCCAAGUUGAGACAUCGUCCACUUCAAAAUCCACCACAACUUCCCAACUAACAUCUGAAGUCGAAUCAACUACGAUAUCCGAGUCGAAUGAUCCAGAACCAGCUAUUGCUACGAAAGUAGAAAUGGCAAAGGAUACUGCUGGAGUCAAGACAACAUUGCGAAAACACUGCGUCAUCAAGUUCCAAGCGAGACCUCUAUCUGAUCGUCCUGAGAAUUUGAAAGCCAAAUUCGAGUUGAAUGUGCCAGUGGACUCUAUUGAGCUUUGCGCCACUAGAUGCUAUCAAGAUGGCUGCUCUGGGGCUCGAUUCGACCCGGCUGACAGAUCCUGCACACUUUCCUACGAUGACCCACAAUUCUGCGCUCGUGGAAACGUUUUCAUCCACUACGAAGCCAAGGAAGCCACCUGGUUGCAUUGUGUCAAUUGCUACACGGUCAAGCAGAGCGACAUUGAUGAGGCUCGCACUGGAACCACAUCUGCACCAUCUAAAGAAUCAGGAUUUACCCCGACUUCUACUUCAGCUACUCCCUCCGAUGAUUCUACCACCACAGCAGUAGAGACCACAACAUCAUCUGAGAAAGCUCCAUCGACAUCUUCUGAACCAUCAGUAUCAGAAGAAACCACGGCGUCUAUCGCUACUGCUACAAUUAAACCAUCAGAAGGAUCAAACGACGCCGACUUCCAAAGAGGCUGUCUAAUCAAGUUCCAAGCAAGACCACUUUCCGAAAGACCAAUGCAAUUCUCAGCUAAAUUCGAAACAGAAAUCAAGGUGGAUUCCGUUGAAGUGUGUGCGACACGUUGUUACCAAGAUGGAUGCUCUGGUGCUAGAUUCGAUCCAGUCUGGAGCACAUGUAGUCUAUCUUAUGAUGAAAAACAUUACUGUGCCAGAGGAGACGUCUUCUUACAGUACAUGGCUAAGGAAGUAACAUGGAUUCAUUGUGUUAAUUGCUAUGCCAUCAAGCCUACUGCCACUGCUGACCUACCAAAGGUUCCCAGCAAAGUAAACGAAGACAAUGAGAUCACAACAACUGAAACUGCACCAGUGACCAAUCCAUGGGGAGAAACAGAAGCCACUCAAAAUGGAGAAGAAUCCAAGGAAACCACAACCACCCCAUCAUCCUCAGAAACAAGCACAACACUCAAGACAAUCGGUCAGGAAGCCGAUGAUGAUAGUCUUCUGAAAGGAUGUAUCGUUCACUUCCAAUCACAGCCUAUUGAAGAAAGAAACCCAGAAUUCACAGCUCCAUUUGAGAUGAAUCUGAAUGUUUCAACACCUGAGAUUUGUGCACAUCGCUGUUACCAGGUAAUAAACACUCGUUUUGCAUCAAAAGAACUAAAUAUUCAGGAUGGUUGCACAGCUGCAAGAUACAAUCCAGAAACUCAUCAAUGCUCCCUUGCUUACGAAGAUAAACCAUUCUGUGGCAAUGGACGACUUGUGAAUGUUGACAGAUCAGAGAAAACUGUGUGGAUUCAUUGUUUGUCUUGUGUUCCACUAAAAAGCGCGAAAUUAGCCGAGAACACUGACGAGGACGUCACGGAAACACCAAAUGUGACAGAAGCAUCCGGGGAAGAAACACCUGAAACGACGCCAGCAAGCUCGGAUGAUUCAACGACUGUAGGAGUGACCGAAGCUUCUGAAGAGGAGGCUACCACUACCGCCACUGCUGCUGAAGCCACUAUCACCGAAGCUUCAGGAGAAGAGACUACCACUGCUGCCUCCGCUGAAGUCACAGUCGCCGAAGCAUCUGGAAAAGAAGCUACCACUGCUGCUGCUACUGAAGCUGCUGUCACGGAAGCUUCUGGAGAAGAGUCUACCACUACUGCUGCUGGAACCACUGUCACUGAACCUUCCGGAGAAGAGGCUACCACUACUGCCGCCGCUGUCACUGAAGCUUCUGGAGAAGAACAAGCUGUGUCAUCCACCCCUGUCCCAUCUGAACUAUCCAAGGAUGACCAAGUGACCGAGGCAUCUGGAGAAGAGGCUACCACUGCUGCCGCCACUGAAGCCACAGUCGCCGAAGCAUCUGGAGAAGAGUCUACCACUGCUGCCGCCACUGAAGCCGCUGUUACCGAAGCAUCUGGAGAAGAGACUACCACUGCUGCCGCUGCUGCUGAAGCUGCCGUCACCGAGGCUUCUGGAGAAGAGUCUACCACUACUGCUGCUGGAACCACUGUCACUGAAGCUUCCGGAGAAGAGGCUACCACUACUGCCGCCGCUGUCACUGAAGCUUCUGGAGAAGAACCAGCUGUGUCAUCCACCCCUGUCCCAUCUGAACUAUCCAAGGAUGACCAAGUGACCGAGGCAUCUGGAGAAGAGGCUACCACUGCUGCCGCCAUUGAAGCCACAGUCGCCGAAGCAUCUGGAGAAGAGUCUACCACUGCUGCCGCCACUGAAGCCGCUGUUACCGAAGCAUCUGGAGAAGAGACUACCACUGCUGUCGCUGCUGCUGAAGCUGCCGUCACCGAGGCUUCUGGAGAAGAGUCUACCACUACUGCUGCUGGAACCACUGUCACUGAAGCUUCCGGAGAAGAGGCUACCACUACUGCCGCCGCUGUCACUAAAGCUUCUGGAGAAGAACCAGCUGUGUCAUCCACCCCUGUCCCAUCUGAACUAUCCAAGGAUGACCAAGUGACCGAGGCAUCUGGAGAAGAGGCUACCACUGCUGCCGCCAUUGAAGCCACAGUCGCCGAAGCAUCUGGAGAAGAGUCUACCACUGCUGCCGCCACUGAAGCCGCUGUUACCGAAGCAUCUGGAGAAGAGACUACCACUGCUGUCGCUGCUGCUGAAGCUGCCGUCACCGAGGCUUCUGGAGAAGAGUCUACCACUACUGCUGCUGGAACCACUGUCACUGAAGCUUCCGGAGAAGAGGCUACCACUACUGCCGCCGCUGUCACUAAAGCUUCUGGAGAAGAACCAGCUGUGUCAUCCACCUCUGUCCCAUCUGAACUGUCCAAGGAUGACCAAGUGACCGAGGCAUCUGGAGAAGAGGCUACCACUACUGCCGCCGCUGUCACUGAAGCUUCUGGAGAAGAACCAGCUGUGUCAUCCACCCCUGUCCCAUCUGAACUAUCCAAGGAUGACCAAGUGACCGAGGCAUCUGGAGAAGAGGCUACCACUGCUGCCGCCACUGAAGCCACAGUCGCCGAAGCAUCUGGAGAAGAGUCUACCACUGCUGCCGCCACUGAAACCGCUGUUACCGAAGCAUCUGGAGAAGAGACUACCUCUGCUGCCGCUGCUGCUGAAGCUGCCGUCACCGAGGCUUCUGGAGAAGAGUCUACCACUGCUGCCGUUGCUGUCACUGAAGCUUCUGGAGAAGAACCAGCUGUGUCAUCCACCCCUGUCCCAUCUGAACUGUCCAAGGAUGACCAAGUGACCGAGGCAUCUGGAGAAGAGUCUACCACUGCUGCCGCCACUGAAGCCGCUGUUACCGAAGCAUCUGGAGAAGAGACUACCACUGCUGCCGCUGCUGCUGAAGCUGCCGUCACCGAGGCUUCUGGAGAAGAGUCUACCACUACUGCUGCUGGAACCACUGUCACUGAAGCUUCCGGAGAAGAGGCUACCACUACUGCCGCCGCUGUCACUGAAGCUUCUGGAGAAGAACCAGCUGUGUCAUCCACCCCUGUCCCAUCUGAACUAUCCAAGGAUGACCAAGUGACCGAGGCAUCUGGAGAAGAGGCUACCACUGCUGCCGCCACUGAAGCCACAGUCGCCGAAGCAUCUGGAGAAGAGUCUACCACUGCUGCCGCCACUGAAGCCGCUGUUACCGAAGCAUCUGGAGAAGAGACUACCACUGCUGCCGCUGCUGCUGAAGCUGCCGUCACCGAGGCUUCUGGAGAAGAGUCUACCACUACUGCUGCUGGAACUACUGUCACUGAAGCUUCCGGAGAAGAGGCUACCACUACUGCCGCCGCUGUCACUGAAGCUUCUGGAGAAGAACCAGCUGUGUCAUCCACCUCUGUCCCAUCUGAACUGUCCAAGGAUGACCAAGUGACCGAGGCAUCUGGAGAAGAGGCUACCACUGCUGCCGCCACUGAAGCCACAGUCGCCGAAGCAUCUGGAGAAGAGUCUACCACUGCUGCCGCCACUGAAGCCGCUGUUACCGAAGCAUCUGGAGAAGAGACUACCACUGCUGCCGCUGCUGCUGAAGCUGCCUCCACCGAGGCUUCUGGAGAAGAGUCUACCACUACUGCUGCUGGAACCACUGUCACUGAAGCUUCCGGAGAAGAGGCUACCACUACUGCCGCCACUGUCACUGAAGCUUCUGGAGAAGAACCAGCUGUGUCAUCCACCCCUGUCCCAUCUGAACUAUCCAAGGAUGACCAAGUGACCGAGGCAUCUAGAGGAGAGGCUACCACUGCUGCCGCUGCUGCUGAAGCUGCCGUCACCGAGGCUUCUGGAGAAGAGUCUACCACUACUGCUGCUAGAACCACAGUCACUGAAGCUUCCGGAGAAGAGGCUACCACUACUGCCGCCGCUGUCACUGAAGCUUCUGGAGAAGAACCAGCUGUGUCAUCCACCUCUGUCCCAUCUGAACUGUCCAAGGAUGACCAAGUGGCCGAGGCAUCUGGAGAAGAGGCUACCACUGCUGCCGCCACUGAAGCCACAGUCGCCGAAGCAUCUGGAGAAGAGUCUACCACUGCUGCCGCCACUGAAGCCGCUGUUACCGAAGCAUCUGGAGAAGAGACUACCUCUGCUGCCGCUGCUGCUGAAGCUGCCGUCACCGAGGCUUCUGGAGAAGAGUCUACCACUACUGCUGCUAGAACCACAGUCACUGAAGCUUCCGGAGAAGAGGCUACCACUGCUGCCGUUGCUGUCACUGAAGCUUCUGGAGAAGAACCAGCUGUGUCAUCCACCCCUGUCCCAUCUGAACUGUCCAAGGAUGACCAAGUGACCGAGGCAUCUGGAGAAGAGUCUACCACUGCUGCCGCCACUGAAGCCGCUGUUACCGAAGCAUCUGGAGAAGAGACUACCACUGCUGCCGCUGCUGCUGAAGCUGCCUCCACCGAGGCUUCUGGAGAAGAGUCUACCACUACUGCCGCAGGAACCACUGUCACUAAAGCUUCCGGAGAAGAGGCUACCAUUGCUGCCGCUGCUGCUGAAGCUGCCGUCACCGAGGCAUCUGGAGAAGAGGCUACCACUGCUGCCGCUGCUGCUGAAGCUGCCGUCACCGAGGCUUCUGGAGAAGAGUCUACCACAUCCACCCCUGUCCCAUCUGAACUGUCCAAGGAUGACCAAGUGACCGAGGCAUCUGGAGAAGAGGCUACCACUGCUGCCGCCAUUGAAGCCACAGUCGCCGAAGCAUCUGGAGAAGAGACUACCACUGCUGCCGCUGCUGCUGAAGCUGCCGUCACCGAGGCAUCUGGAGAAGAGGCUACCACUGCUGCCGCUGCUGCUGAAGCUGCCGUCACCGAGGCUUCUGGAGAAGAGUCUACCACUACUGCCGCAGGAACCACUGUCACUAAAGCUUCCGGAGAAGAGGCUACCAUUGCUGCCGCUGCUGCUGAAGCUGUUGUCACCGAGGCAUCUGGAGAAGAAGCUACUACUGCAGCGGCCACUGAAGCCGCUGUUUCUGAAGCUUCUGGAGAAGAGACUACCACUGCUGCCGCCACUGAAGCUACAGUCACUGAAGCAUCUGGAGAAGAGUCUACCACUGCAGCCGCCAUUGAAGCCACAGUCGCCGAAGCAUCUGGAGAAGGGUCUACCACUGCUGCCGCCACUGAAGCCAGAGUCGCUGAAGCAUCUGGAGAAGAGGCUACCACUACUGCCGCCGCUGUCACUGAAGCUUCUGGAGAAGAACCUGCUGUGUCAUCCACCUCUGUCCCAUCUGAACUGUCCAAGGAUGACCAACUGACCGAGGCAUCUGGAGAAGAGGCUAUCACUGCUGCUGCCACAGAAGCCGCUGUGACUGAAGCUUCCGGAGAAGAGGCUACCACUGCUGCUGAAGCUGCCGUCACCGAGGCUUCUGGAGAAGAGACCACCACUGCUGCCGCUGCUGAAGCCAAAGUCACCGAAGCAUCUGGAGAAGAAGCUACAACUACUGCUGCUGCUGAAGCUGCUGUCACGGAAGCUUCUGAAAUGGAACCAGCUGUGUCAUCCAACUCUGUCCCAUCUGAACUGUCCAAGGAUGACCAAGUGACCGAGGCAUCUGGAGAAGAGGCUACCACUGCUGCCGCCAUUGAAGCCACAGUCGCCGAAGCAUCUGGAGAAGAGUCUACCACUGCUGCCGCCACUGAAGCCGCUGUUACCGAAGCAUCUGGAGAAGAGACUACCACUGCUGCCGCUGCUGCUGAAGCUGCCGUCACCGAGGCUUCUGGAAAAGAGUCUACCACUACUGCUGCUGGAACCACUGUCACUGAAGCUUCCGGAGAAGAGGCUACCAUUGCUGCCGCUGCUGCUGAAGCUGUUGUCACCGAGGCAUCUGGAGAAGAAGCUACUACUGCUGCGGCCACUGAAGCCGCUGUUUCUGAAGCUUCUGGAGAAGAGACUACCACUGCUGCCGCCACUGAAGCCACAGUCGCUGAAGCAUCUGGAGAAGAGUCUACCACUGCAGCCGCCAUUGAAGCCACAGUCGCCGAAGCAUCUGGAGAAGGGUCUACCAAUGCUGCCGCCACUGAAGCCACAGUCGCUGAAGCAUCUGGAGAAGAGGCUACCACCACUGCCGCCGCUGUCACUGAAGCUUCUGGAGAAGAACCUGCUGUGUCAUCCACCUCUGUCCCAUCUGAACUGUCCAAGGAUGACCAACUGACCGAGGCAUCUGGAGAAGAGGCUAUCACUGCUGCCGCCACAGAAGCCGAUGUGACUGAAGCUUUCGGAGAAGAGGAUACCACUACUGCCGCUGCUGCUGAAGCUGCCGUCACCGAGGCUUCUGGAGAAGAGUCCACCACUACUAUCGCCGCUGAAGCCACAAACGCCGAAGCAUCUGGAGAAGAAGCUACCACUGCUGCUGCUACUGAAGCUGCUGUCACGGAAGCUUCCGGAGAGGAACCAGCUGUGUCAUCCACAUCUGUCCCAUCUGAACUGUCCAAGGAUGACCAAGUGACCGAAGCAUCUGGAGAAGAGGCUACCAAUGCUGCCGUUGCUGAAGCCGCUGUUACCGAAGCAUCUGGAGAAGAGGCCACCACUGCUGCCGCUGCUGCCGAAGCCGCUGUUACCGAAGCAUCUGGAGAAGAGGCUACCACUACUGCCGCCGCUGUCACCGAGGCUUCUGGAGAAGAGGCCACCACUGCUGCCGCUGCUGAAGCCAAAGUCGCCGAAGCAUCUGGAGAAGAAGCUACAACUGCUGCUGCUGAAGCUGCUGUCACGGAAGCUUCUGAAAAGGAACCAGCUGUGUCAUCCACAUCUGUCCCAUCUGAACUGUCCAAGGAUGACCAAGUGACCGAAGCAUCUGGAGAAGAGUCUACCACUGCUGCCGCCACUGAAGCCACAGUCGCUGAAGCAUCUGGAGAAGAGGCUACCACUGCUGCCGCCACUGAAGCCGCUGUUACCGAAGCAUCUGGAGAAGAGACUACCACUGCUGCCGCUUCUGCUGAAGCUGCCGUCACCGAGGCUUCUGGAGAAGAGGCUACCACUGCUGCCGCCGCUGUCACUGAAGCUUCUGGAGAAGAACCUGCUGUGUCAUCGACCUCUGUCCCAUCUGAACUGUCCAAGGAUGAAAAAGUCACCGAAGCAUCCGGGGAAGAAACCACCACUGCUGCUGCUACUGAAGCCGCUGUGACUGAAAUUUCCGGAGAGGAGGCUACCAUUGCUGCCGCUGCUGCUGAAGCUGUUGUCACCGAGGCAUCUGGAGAAGAGUCUACCACUACUGCUGCUGGAACCACUGUCACUGAAGCUUCCGGAGAAGAGGCUACCACUACUGCCGCCGCUGUCACCGAGGCUUCUGGAGAAGAGGCCACCACUGCUGCCGCUGCUGCUGAAACUGCCGUCAUCGAGGCUUCUGGAGAAGAGACCACCACUGCUGCCGCUGCUGAAGCCAAAGUCGCCGAAGCAUCUGGAGAAGAAGCUACAACUGCUGCUGCUGAAGCUGCUGUCACGGAAGCUUCUGAAAAGGAACCAGCUGUGUCAUCCACAUCUGUCCCAUCUGAACUGUCCAAGGAUGACCAAGUGACCGAAGCAUCUGGAGAAGAGUCUACCACUGCUGCCGCCACUGAAGCCACAGUCGCUGAAGCAUCUGGAGAAGAGGCUACCACUGCUGCCGCUUCUGCUGGAGCUGCCGUCACCGAGGCUUCUGGAGAAGAGGCUACCACUGCUGCCGCCGCUGUCACUGAAGCUUCUGGAGAAGAACCUGCUGUGUCAUCGACCUCUGUCCCAUCUGAACUGUCCAAGGAUGAAAAAGUCACCGAAGCAUCCGGGGAAGAAACCACUACUGCUGCUACUGAAGCCGCUGUGACUGAAAUUUCCGGAGAGGAGGCUACCAUUGCUGCCGCUGCUGCUGAAGCUGUUGUCACCGAGGCAUCUGGAGAAGAGUCUACCACUACUGCUGCUGGAACCACUGUCACUGAAGCUUCCGGAGAAGAGGCUACCACUACUGCCGCUGCUGCUGAAGCUGUUGUCACCGACGCUUCUGGAGAAGAGUCUACCACUGCUGCCUCCACUGAAGCCGCUGUGACUGAAGCUUCCGGAGAAGAGACUUCCGCAGAAGAGUCUGCCACAGCUGUCACUGAAGCUUCUGGAGAAGAGCCAGCUGUGUCAUCCACCUCUGUCCCAUCUGAACUGUCCAAGGAUGACCAAGUCACCGAAGCAUCUGGAGAAGAAACCACCACUGCUGCUGCUACUGAAGCUGCCGUCACCGAGGCAUCUGGAGAAGAGGAUACCACUACUGCCGCUGCUACUGAAGCUGUUGUCACCGAGGCAUCUGGAGAAGAGGCCACCACUGCUGCCGCUGCUGCUGAAACUGCCGUCGCCGAGACUUCCGCAGAAGAGUCUGCCACAGCUGUCACUGAAGCUUCUGGAGAAGAGCCAGCUGUGUCAUCCACCUCUGUCCCAUCUGAACUGUCCAAGGAUGACCAAGUCACCGAAGCAUCUGGAGAAGAAACCACCACUGCUGCUGCUACUGAAGCUGCCGUCACCGAGGCAUCUGGAGAAGAGGAUACCACUGCGGCCGCUGCUACUGAACCAGCUGUGUCAUCCACCUCUGUCCCAUCUGAAUUGUCCAAGGAUGACCAAGUGACCGAGGCAUCUGGAGAAGAGUCUACCACUACUGCCGCCACUGAAGCCUCUGUGACUGAAGCUUCCGGAGAAGAGACAUCCGCAGAAGAGUCUGCCACAGCUGUCACUGAAGCUUCUGGAGAAGAACCAGCUGUCUCAUCCACAUCUGUCCCAUCUGAACUGUCCAAGGAUGACCAAGUCACCGAAGCAUCUGGGGAAGAAAUCACCACUGCUGCUGCUACUGAAUCUACCGCCAACGAGGCAUCUGGAGAAGAGGCUACCACUACUGCUGCUGCUGCUGAAGCUGUUGUCACCGAGGCAUCUGGAGAAGAGGCUACCACUGCCGCCGCUGCUAAAGCCGCUGUCACCGAAGCAUCUGGAGAAGAACCAGCUGCAUCAUCCACCUCUGUCCCAUCUGAACUGCCCAAGGAUGACCAAGUCACCGAAGCAUCUGGUGAAGAAAUCACCACUGCUGCUGCUACUGAAGCUACCGUCACCGAGGCAUCUGGAGAAGAGGCUACAACAGUCAAAACAGUCGUUAACGUUUCUGUAGAAGUGAACAACACAACAGAAACAAGUUCUCCAGAAACCGAGUCGACUACUCCUGAAGGACCAGCUUUUGUGACUGGAUCAGAAAUCGAAAUUCCGUCUUCUGAAGAGUCAGGAACAACUACAACUCACGAUCCAAGUAUACCUGUAAUCACUCCAAAACCAUCUGUUACGUCCACUGAUUUGGCAACUGAUUCUGUCGAAUCAACCACUGCUGCUACUGAAAAACAAGCGGAAAAGAAGAUCAUAGGUGAUCAUAAUGCUGAAAAAGAAGACGCCGAAAAGAAAGAAGAAGAAGAAGACUUGCCUUCAUUCGUAACUGAUGAAGGUGUAUCAACAGAAGAGCCAUCUACGGCCACAUCAUCUUCAGUGACAGACGAAAGUACUAACGUAACUGGAGCGGAAGACGAAAAUAUCAAGAUGGCAAAAGAAUUGGGAAAACAAUUUGCUGCUGAUCUCGCCAAGCUUGCAGCUAAGGACGGUGUGAAUCUUACCGACUCUGCCGAAGCAUCUGGAGAAUUCGCUCAAUCUGAAGAUGAAAAAAUUAGCAGCACCGUUGCACCAGUUGAAGGAGAAUCAACAACUAUAGAAGCCUCUGGAGAAGAUGAUGAUGAUAACAAACCAGCAUUCGUGACAGGGGCUCCAACCGAUUCUACCGCGGUGUCAUCUGAAAUCUCAUCCAUUGAAACUACUACUACUACUGUGGAGGAAACCACUACUCUUGAAUCCACCACAGCUUCUGAAGAGACUGAAAAAGUUAGCACUGUUUCAUCUGACGAGAGUGUCGUUUCUACAACAAAAUUGCCAGAAUCUAGCGGUGAAUUAGAAUCUACCACAAGUCCAGUCGCUCAAGAAUCAAGUGGAGAAGAGUCAACCACUACUUCGGGAGCACUAAAUACACCAGAAUCGACGACAGUUGAAUUCAGUGGAGAGGAAACAACGACAUCCUCGUCUGCUGAGUCAACCACAGAAGAAGCUUCCACAACCACCGAGGAAGUAGAAGGAAGUGGAGUGACUGCAGCUGAAUCUAAAGAUGAAGAAGCAUCCACAACCGAAUCUCCAUCAUUCGUCACUGGAAAGACGUCAUCGGGAAGUGAAGAAGAUGAAGAGGAGGGUGCUGAUACGAGUGCUUUCUUGACGGGAAUUGAUGAGAGCAUGUUUAACAAGAGUUUGAUCGGUGAUACUCACAGAGAAGAUCUCCCAAAUAACGUUGGAUUCGUGCCAUCCUCUGAACCAAAGCCAAAGAGUAAAGAUGAAGAAGAAGAGGAAGAGGAAAGCGAUUCUGAGACGACAGUAAGCGACUACGAGGAUAAGGUCUCUAGAAAAGAAAGUUCCACUGCUGAACCAACCACCACUAUCACGGAAGUUUCGGGAUCCACAACUGAACCACCAGUUCAGCUUGUGAAAGAUUUAAUUGAUGCAUUAGCAGCUGGAGGACUCGAUUUUGUUCUAGGUAGACCACGUAAGCCAACAUCUCAAGCCGCUCAGGAUUUGAUCAACAGAAAACUCAGUCCAAUUCAACGACUACUCCCUCAAGCAAUUGAGAAUAAACAUGAGUGCACCACUGGCAGAGUCCGUUUUGUCGCCACUGAGAUGAUUGAUCUGAGUCAGCACUUCGAACGUGACGCCGUCGCAUUCUCUCUGGAGCACUGUGCUCGUAUGUGUUAUGAGACGUCGUGUCUACGUGCAGCAUUCACUCGAUUCCCACGUCCUGUGUGUCUGAUGCACUAUGCGGAUCAAAAGACCGCCCAUCUGGACACUAAUUGUACUGAUGUCGUUCCAACCACCUCUUGGACAUUUACCAAAAUCAACCAGGUCGUGGCAAUUGACUGCGUGACGUGUGCCGAUGAGAAGAAGGCACACGACAUCACCUCUUUCUCAGUUGAUGAGCCAUCUUCAAGCUCCGAGAACGCCCCUCUUCACCAAGGAGUGAGUUCCAAGUGUGACGGAAGAGUUGAAUUCCAAGUCAUUCCUGUGGCAAGCCUCCCUAAAUUGAACAUCACCAAUGACGUUCCGGCAUCCUCCCCAGCUGAUUGUGCCAGAAAAUGUUUCGAGACUGAACACUGCAAGACUGCUGGUUUCAUCCCAUCACCAUCUGGAACCAUCGCACAAGGAGUUUGUCUCUUGACUUCAGAUGACGUCGUCUGCGGAAAUCUCGCCGACUUUGUUCCACAGCAUGCUGCCCUUCAUCCAUUUGUGGUUUCCUGCAUUAGAUGCACAUCCUGCACCUACAAUAUUCGUCCAGUAACACCAACACGGACAAUGCCGACCAUGAAGGUUCACGAGAAAGCGGAGAACGUUCAAGACUGUGCCAAACUGUGCUCUGACAUGAAGUGCACAAUGGCCAAGUAUGAGAACAACACAAAGAUUUGCUCAAUGACUCGGGAACCGGUGACGGAGGAGUCAUGUCCUCAAGAAGUUGCCACACAAAUCCACGACUCUCUUCUGCCAAUCAGUAUUGAAUGCGUCAAGUGUUCCGGAAAUUAA